UAAUGGCGGAAAGUAAAAGGAGGUAGGCUAGAAUCCAACCCUCUUUCGAACCCCAAAAUCCAGCAAACCGUCAAACUACCGUGCUCAUAGAUCUUCAUACGAAACCCUAAUGGUAUGAAACAAUGGUGUUUAAAGGUAGAUUCUUCUAUUCAAAGAAAUCAUCCGACAUUUCAAGCCCCGAGGGAUCCAACAGCCCUCGAUCCAUCGGUUCUAAUUCCAGUUCACCUAUCAGAUCCGACAAGAAGAAGGCUAAAUCCGCAAGCAAAGACGAACUUCACCCGCCGACCACCACCGCCGGUUCUUCGUUUCGUCAAAAUCAAGUCAAAGAUGCUUCCAAUUCAACUUCGGUUUCUAAGCAGCAGAGUCGGAGUAAGAAGGAUGGUGUUCAAGGCAUUGAAUCCAAGGUUCAAAAUACGAAUUCGAUUACUGAAAAACCUAAUUUGGGAGGAGGAUCAUCUAAGUUGACGAGGAAAGGGGCGGCCGAUGGUCCUGCUACGGUUUCCCCAAUUUUGGCUUCUUCACUUGGUUUGAAUCGGAUCAAAACGAGAUCUGGACCGUUGCCUCAAGAGAGUUUCUUUGGGUUUAGUAAAGAUAAUAAUAGCAAAAACAAAGUUAGUAGUAGUAGUAGUAAAAUGUCUUCAAUUGGUGUUAGUAACCUUUCGAAAUCGAAAACCAGUGAUGGUGGUAUCGGGAGUGAUUUCAAGGAGGGAUUUGCUACUGAUAAGAAGAAGAUGUCUUGUUCUUUGUAUAAUGAUGAUGGUAGCAAUUCAAACAGUAUGUCCAUUGAAUGCUUGCCGUCAAGGGAUCACACCCCUAAUGUUUUAGGUCGUUCUCGAUUGCAGAACGGAGAAUCUUCCUCUGAAGCUGGGCAAAUGAAUUUGAGGGGAUGCUCUGAAGGCUUGAGGAGUUCAGAUGAUUGUACUCCGGAGAUGAAGACAUCAUUUGAUUGUGAAAACCCAAAGGAAUCUGAGUCACCCCGCUUUCAAGCUAUUCUAAGGGUCACAAGUGCACCUAGAAAGAGAUAUCCUGCUGACAUCAAAAGUUUCUCCCAUGAACUGAACUCAAAAGGUGUACGGCCUUUCCCAUUAUGGAAGCCUCGUGGUUUAAAUAACUUAGAGGAGGUUUUGGUGAUGAUAAGAGGAAAAUUUGACAAAGCAAAGGAAGAGGUAGAUUCCGACCUGCAUAUAUUUGCGGCAGAUCUGCUUGGAAUUCUGGAGAAGAAUGCAGAAAGUGAACCAGAAUGGCAGGAAACUUUAGAGGACCUACUGGUUUUGGCUCGGAGUUGUGCUAUGACAUCCCCUGGAGAGUUUUGGCUGCAAUGUGAGGGCAUCGUUCAGGAUUUGGAUGAUAGGCGUCAGGAACUUCCAAUGGGCAUCCUGAAGCAGCUUCAUACUCGUAUGCUUUUCAUACUCACCAGAUGUACAAGGUUGCUACAGUUUCACAAAGAAAGUGGGUUGGCUGAAGAUGAACUUGUCCUUCAGCUCCGACAAUCUUUGCAUUCUGCGGAUAGAAGUAUUCCUCCAAGCAUAAGAAGGGAUGAUAUUUCCAGUGCUUCAAGAGGCUCAAAAACGGCAUCAACAAGGAAAUAUUACAGUCAGGAACAGCACGGAUUGCAUGGCUUGGAUUGGAAGAAAGACCAGGCUAAGCAGCCUGACAAUUAUUUCUCUUCACCUCCUGUAGAAUUAGCUAAGGACUUAGAUUCUCCCACAGGCAGAAACCGUAUGUCAUCAUGGAAGCCAUUGCCAUCCCCUGGAGGAAAAGUCCCCAACCAAGUUGCUCCGGUGAAGGAUGUGAGCGAUAAUAAGACUGAUGCUUCCAAGAGGCUGAAUGACAAGAAGGUAGCUUCUCAUGUGGAUUUGACUAAUGCUAUGCUUCCGGAACUUCCUUCUGCUAAAGAUUCACAUGCACAAUCUACCACUCCUUUUAAGCAUCAGCACAAAGCUUCAUGGGGAUGGGGAGAUCUAUCAAAUACUGGUGAUGAAAGUUCUAUAAUUUGUCGGAUAUGUGAGGAAGAGGUUCCUACGUUACAGUUGGAAGAUCAUUCUAGAAUUUGCGCAAUUGCUGAUCGAUGUGAUCAAAAAGGUCUCCGUGUUGAUGAACGGCUGGUCAGGAUUUCAGAAACUCUUGAGAAGCUGAUAGAAUCCCUUACACAGAAGGAUUUUCAGCAUGCUGUUGGAAGCCCAGAUGGUGCAAAAGUAUCGAAUUCAAGUGUUACUGAAGAAUCUGAUCUGUUCUCCCCAAAACUCAGUGAUUGGUCUCGAAGAGGAUCAGAGGACAUGCUUGACUGUUUUCCAGAUGCUGAUAAUUCCAUUUGCAUGGAUGACCUGAAAGUUUUGCCAUCCAUGCCUUACAAAACACGUUUCGGUCCCAAGUCUGAUCAAGGAAUGACAACCUCCUCUGCUGGUAGCAUCACUCCUAGGUCGCCAUUGUUGACACCUAGGACCAGCCAUAUAGACUUGUUGUUGGCAGGAAAGGGUGCUUACUUGGAACAUGAUGACAUUCCACAGGUAAUGAAUGAGCUUGCUGAUAUUGCUAAAUGUGCUGGAAAUACGCCCUUAGACGAUGACCGCAGCCUGUCAUAUUUGCUAACUUGUCUUGAUGAUCUGAGGGUUGUCAUCGACCGCAGAAAAUUUGAUGCUCUUACUGUUGAGACAUUUGGAGCACGGAUAGAGAAGCUCAUACGGGAGAAGUAUUUGCAGCUAUUUGAGUUGGUUGACGAUGAAAAAGUUGAUAUCACAAGUACCAUCAUUGAUGAAGAUGCUCCACUGGAAGAUGAUGUGGUGCGUAGCCUUAGAACCAGCCCCAUACAUUCAGGGAAGGAUCGCACCUCAAUAGAUGACUUUGAGAUUAUAAAACCAAUCAGUCGUGGAGCAUUUGGCCGGGUCUUUUUGGCAAAAAAGAGAACAACAGGGGAUCUCUUUGCUAUCAAGGUCCUUAAGAAGGCUGACAUGAUCCGUAAAAAUGCUGUUGAGAGUAUAUUGGCUGAGCGUGAUAUUUUGAUAUCAGUGCGCAAUCCUUUUGUGGUUCGUUUCUUUUAUUCUUUCACUUGUCGUGAAAAUCUAUACCUUGUUAUGGAAUAUUUGAAUGGUGGCGAUCUUUAUUCAUUGCUGAGAAAUCUUGGCUGCCUAGAUGAAGAUGUUGCUCGUGUGUACAUUGCAGAAGUGGUGCUUGCUUUGGAAUAUCUUCAUUCUCUACGUGUUGUUCACCGUGACUUAAAACCAGAUAAUUUGUUGAUUGCGCAUGAUGGUCAUAUUAAGUUGACUGAUUUUGGGCUCUCAAAAGUUGGUCUGAUUAACAGUACAGAUGAUUUGUCUGGCCCAGCAGUUAUUGGCACAUCACUAUUGGGAGAACAUGAAUCUCAAUCAUCUCUAUCUGAAAAUCAGCAAGAAAGGCGUAAAAAGCGGUCUGCUGUGGGUACACCUGACUAUUUGGCACCAGAGAUACUUUUGGGAACUGGACAUGGUACAUCGGCGGACUGGUGGUCAGUUGGUGUGAUACUAUUUGAGCUGAUCGUUGGCAUUCCUCCCUUCAAUGCUGAGCAUCCUCAGACGAUAUUUGAUAACAUUCUCAAUCGUAAUAUACCCUGGCCUGCAGUACCUGAUGAAAUGAGCCCGGAAGCCCAGGAUCUAAUUGAUCAAUUAUUGACAGAAGAUCCUAACCAGAGACUUGGAGCUAGGGGAGCAACUGAGGUGAAGCAGCAUCAGUUCUUCAGGGAUAUUAACUGGGAUACACUUGCAAGACAGAAGGCCGCAUUUGUUCCUUCUUCAGAGAGUGCACUAGACACGAGUUAUUUCACAAGUCGUUACACUUGGAAUACCUCAGAAGAACAUGGAUAUCCCGCUAGUGAAACCGAGGAUUCUAGCGACAAUGGUAGCAUGAGUGGUUGCAGUAGCUGCCCGAGUCAUCACCAUGAUGAAGUGCAGGUCGAUGAGUAUGGUCCUGCCGAACUUGGAUCGCCGUCUGGUGUCAACUACUCGUUUAGUAAUUUCUCCUUCAAGAAUCUGUCCCAACUCGCUUCUAUCAAUUAUGAUCUGCUUACAAAAGGAUUGAAAGACGAUCAGCUGACAAAACCCAACGUAUAGUUACCUGUCGAUGCACCCUGAGAGAGCUGAAUGGGGGCAGGGGCAUGGAUGUAAAUAUAGAAGUAUAAUUUUAAGAAAUGGAGAUACACAGCUUCUCAAGGUUUGUUUUCUUAUCAGCAUUGAGUGUGUGUGUGUGUGUGUGUAAAAGAAAGCUAUUUAAUUGAAUUAUUAUUACACACACACACUGAAAUGGGAAAAAAGAAAAAGGUAUUACCAAAUGCCCAUUGCUUAUGUUCAUGUUCAGUGUCUCCAAAUUUUGUGGUGUUUUUGUUGUUUGUUUGUAAAUAUGAUAAUUGACUCUUUCUAUAAUGGAAUGUGAUUCU